AUGAGAAUUUGCCAUAGGAAUUUUAUUUUAGGAAAAUCCACAGAGAGUCGCCCACAAGAAGAGCCACCCGUAGAAGAACCCACAGGAAAGCCGCCCGAAGAGUCGCCUAUAAGAAGAGCCACCCGUAGAAGAAGAAAGAGUCUCCCACAAGAAAAAGCCACCUGUAGGAGAAGAGUCGUCCACAGGAAGAGCCACCCAAAGGAAGAACCACCUGAACUUUUUACACCCGCAGGAGAACCCACAGGAAGAGCCACCCGUAGGAGAAAGAAGAGUCGCCCACAAGAAGUUUUUUUCCCACCCGCACAGGAAGAGUCGCCCACAAGAAGAGCCACUCGUAGAAGAAAAAAGAGUUGCCCACAGAAAGAGCCACCUGAAAAGUCGCCACAAGAAGAGCCACCCGUAGGAGAAGAAAGGGAGAAGAAAACCCGUCCAAAAGAAGAACCACCCGAAGAGUCGCCUACAAGAACCAUCGUUAAAGAGCCCACAGGAAGAGCCACCGUAGAACCACCCAAAGGAAGAACCACACGAAGAGCCAACGUAGGACCUAAAGGAAGAAUCACCGUAGGAGAAAGUUUUGCCAUAGGAAAUUUUUUUUUUCAACCUGCAGGAGAACCCACAGGAAGGAACACUCGCCAAAAAGAACUACCCGUAGAAGAAAUAAGUUUUGCCGAGAACCCACAGUCGCCACCAAAGGAAGAACCAGCCGAAGAGAAAGAAGGUGGAAGAACCGCCACAGGAAGUGCUACUCAGGAAAACCACUCAUGA